ACGAAGGCCCGUGAAGAGCCCAAAAACAAAUUCCUCUUUCACAGCAUGCUCUCACCCCCAUCCAAGUUCAAACCCUUCACGCAGGCACACAGUACACCGAGAAGGGAAGAGAGAUAGAGGGGAUGGAUACGAAGGACGAAGAAGAAGAAACUAGGAAAGUAGAGUUCGAGCCAGUGGAGAUAGAGUACGUGAGCUACGGGGGUGAACAUCACCUACCCCUGAUCAUGUCUCUUGUCGACCAAGAACUCAGCGAGCCCUACUCCAUCUUCACCUACCGUUACUUCGUCUAUCUCUGGCCCCAACUUUCUUUCCUGGCUUUUCACCAAGGCAAGUGUGUGGGGACGGUGGUUUGUAAGAUGGGUCAGCAUCGAAAUACGUUCAGAGGGUAUAUUGCUAUGCUAGUUGUCAUCAAGCCUUAUAGAAGCAGAGGCAUUGCUACGGAACUUGUUACCAGAUCUAUCAAAGUGAUGAUGGAAUCGGGUUGUGAAGAGGUAACAUUGGAAGCAGAAGUUACAAAUAAAGGAGCUCUAGCACUGUAUGGCCGUCUAGGGUUUAUAAGGGCAAAGCGACUCUUUCAUUACUACUUGAACGGUGUUGAUGCUUUUCGGCUGAAGCUGUUAUUCCCUUCUCCAGAGUUAUUCUCCUCCCUGCCAAUGAUUACAAACAAUGAGGACAGCCACUGGCAUCCAGAUCACAUGCCGCCUGAAGAAUGUUGUGAGCUGCAUUGACACUGGUAUUUAGAUUUUCCAGUUCAGUAUAUGUCCUAUACAUUCAUAAACUUGUGAAUUUCAUUGCUAGGGUCUUUGAGAUGCAUACCAUCUGAAUGAUCAAUCUUUUGCAAUCCA